AUGGCGUUCCCGGCGUUCGCUUCCCCCUACAAUGUGGAGAAGAGGAGGUUUAGCGAGGAGUGCGCCUUGCGCCACGCGCAGAAAGAAGGAUUCGAAGGCCAGGUCCAGAUGCCUCCUAACUACGCAGAUAUGGACCUCAUCCUCUUCCCAGAGGGCAGCUUGAAGAACUGCAACAACACAGUCGUUUCCCAGUCGCAUCUUAAGGGCAAAUCCGUCGCGCUCUACUUCGCCGACGGCGCCGAUCCAAAGUGCACGUCUUUCUUGCCUUUCCUGCUUAACUUCUACAGGACGAUCAAUGAGGGGGGAUCCAACCAGAAGAUCGAGGUCAUUUUUGUGAGUCUGGAUCGGGAUCGCCAGGCGUUCGAGCAUCAUCGCUCGCACAUGCCGUGGCUGAGUAUCGACUUGGAGAACCCGUUGACAGACGUCUUGAAGCGCCACUUCCGUGUCAUGAAGGAGUACGAGGUCCCGGCCUACGGCUACGGCAGUCGCACCGGCGUGCCGUGUGUCGUCGUCGUGGGCAGUGACGGCCGCGAGGCGCAGUUCCUCCCCGUGAGCAGCGGCCGCGAGGAGGGCGACCGCGCGCUGCUCCGCUGGGACUGGAGGAACACCCGGUUCUCUUCGGACCGUUUCGUCGUCCACCCCUGCACUCACCACGAGCAGCAGUAG